AUGGGCGACGAAGGCGGCGGUGCUGGUCGGUCGUGGCGCCGAAAAGGGGACCAAAGGAAAAGUUGUGGCGCCGAUAAGGGAACCAUGGUCGAUCCUCGUGGAGCCGUCCUGGCGUUCAAUGCCGUGGUGUGGACACUGUUCGUCACUUCGGUCACCCGCGGUGCCGGUUUUGACGGAAUAGCGAUGCUGAGGAACUUCAAACUCGAAGCAUGCGAAGAAGCCAUGUUGUACUUGAAAUGCCCGGAGAACACGACCAUCUCCGUGGGGAGCCUGACAUUGCAGCGUGGCGAAACUUGGAAGGAUGAGAACAACAUUGGGUGUCCUCCAUUAGUUUUCGAUGACGUGCAUCCGAACACUUUGGCCGAGGAUAACGUCAGCCGUUGUAGGUUGUCCACGAUGCAGACAAGAAUGCUGAGAACAAUGGCGAGAUUAUGCGAUAAUCACCGGCUUUGCGAGGUGCCGGUUUCUGCAGAGCUCCUGUUGGGCAAGUACGAAGGGGCUCCUUGUCGUGGUCACAUCAAGCGGAUGGAAGUGUUUUUCAAAUGCCGUCCUGCUGUUUACGAAAAGACACGCAUUGUUUGCGAAGAUGAGCCCUUUGAGUUGCAAUGUUUGGGCCGUUCGAGAGUCAUGGUGGUUUCCACAACUUUUGGGAGAAACCCGCUUGGUGCUUCUGUAUGCCCGCAAGACGAGGGCGUACCUGAAGAAGCUUGUGACUCGGACUCGCCAAGCAUGGACAUCUUGACAAAGCUGUGUGACGGGAGAAACAAAUGCGGCCUGAUUGCAGAUCCAGUGGUGUUUGCUGAUCCUUGUGAGAAAAGUUCUCGUCCAUUUCUCACCAUCGUUUACGCAUGCGUCCCUGAACACGUUCUGCUGAAUGCUGAGCCAAUUGCAGAAGAAGGCUUGCAAGAAGAUGAACAUGGGAACAUCAUUGAUCCUGCAACCAAAUCAUCAGUGGAAACAUCAACUGCCAUGAGUGAUGAAACCACAGCUGGGUCUCCAAGACCCUUGCCUACUUUGGUGCUUAACCUUGAAAAAUCAGCGCCUCCAGAGAACGAAACCCGGCGGCAUCUGUACUUCCCUACGGACAUCAUGCCGGAGAACUACACUAACAAUGAUCAAACGAAUAACCUGCGUCGGCACGUUUCGCCAUGGAAUGAUUCGAUUUAUACGCAACUGUGUGAUACUAAUGUGACGAAGGCAAAUCACGUCAUGGGCGUUAUUACCGAGUGGUUGACUGCAUAUCAAUUUAUCUUGAGUGUCGCUCUUUUGAAGUUGCAAGUGACGUACACUGUUCAGCAUUCCGCCUGA